CGCGACUCCCAACACCCAUCGCCAACCCGCCCGAACAAUCCAACCCUUCUGGAACAGGACAGUCUACCGACACCUUACUCGCAACCCAUUGGGUAGUCCGAACCAACUGUCCCGCCCGGUCUCGUGUCCUCGCGCGACAUGUCGGGAACAAUGAGCAAGCGCCAACAGGCGCGCAACGAAAAGGUGCUCCACGAACUCGCCCAAGCUCCCGGCAACAAUGUUUGUGCCGACUGUUCGGCACGGAAUCCAACUUGGGCAUCAUGGAGCUUGGGAAUCUUCCUGUGUAUGCGGUGCGCCACUAUCCACCGCAAGUUGGGCACCCACAUCUCCAAGGUCAAGUCAUUGAGCAUGGAUAGUUGGUCCAACGAGCAAGUCGAGAACAUGAAAAAGGUUGGCAACAUUGCCUCCAACAAGACAUACAACCCCGACAACAAGAAGCCGCCGAUACCGGUCGACGCCGACGAGGUGGAUCCCGCGAUGGAGAGGUUCAUUCGCCAAAAAUACAUGCAGCGAUCCCUGGCGGGCGCCAAGAAGCACAACACCGGCAGCACAUCAUCUGACGAAACACCCCCUCCGCUCCCCCCGAAAACCGGCAAUCGAUUUGGCUUGAGGUCGGCGUCAUCCAUAUUCCCACUUGGUUCGAAGAAGAAACACGAUACGGGCAGGUCGGCCUCUCCUGGGCCACGGAGUCCAGCAUCUCCUCGGAGCAAUGGGGGCUUUGGGGCAACGGUUCGAUUCGAGAGCGACGACGCCGACGAAACCGAGAUCAAACUAUCCAAGCUGCGGGAUAUGGGCUUUAAAGAUGAGCAAAAGAAUGCCAUGGUUCUUAAGGGGGUCGGCGGAAAUUUGGAAAAGACAAUCGAGGCGUUGGUUAGGCUGGGAGAGGGAAGCGAGGCACGAACACCGCUCAACCUAAACAAGAAGCAGACACCCACGACCUCUAGCCAGAGUUUGGCGCCAUCGACAGCCAGCCAGGACGCGGCUCGCGGACGACCGAUUAGCCCGGCCAGCACGAACCCGUUCGAUAUGCUUGACCAAGCACCACUACCCCCUCAGCCAUUGUCCACUCAAUCGACAGGCACGCUACAAAAUAGAAACCCUUAUAAUAUGACUACGACAAAUCCCUUUGGCGUACCCCAGCAGACGGUCCCUCAGCAACAGCAACCCCAGCAGCAACAGGCCAUGUCUGCCUUCGAUCAAGCUUUCCAGAACCUCUCGCUUGCUCCUCCGUCUCAGCCGCUUUUCCCUCAUCAUACAGGUGGACUCGUUGCUACUCAGCAGCAGAAUCUUCCAGCGGGAUAUCAGCAACCCCAGAUGACAGGGCCGGCUCAGCAGCACUAUUCAUCGAUUGCUCUAACCAGCAACCAGACGUUCCCCCUAACGUCGCAAACUACCGGAGGUGGCUAUAACCCAUUCUUCAAUAAUCAACAACAGCAACAGCAGCCUCAGACCCAGUACCAGUCCCAACUAAUUCAGCAACCAAUGACCAUUAAUACGACAGGUUACGCUGGUAGCUAUGCAAACAACCCUUUUGCCAAGUCACCAACAAGGUUGCAGUCACCUACCCUCACCCAAAUACCUGAACAGUCGCAACAGAGCUUCUACGCUGGCGCACAAGCUCAGGCUCCUGCCGCCAUGCCUCUGAGCAUGCAACAGACAGGGAACAAUCCCUUUUUCAACCAGGCCAUGGGUGGAAUGCCCCAGCAGCAGCCACAACAGGUACCUCAACAACAAUACGGGCUCGCCCCACAGUACCAGGCACAAGGUCAGGCUCAAGGACAGAUGCAAAUGCAAACUUCCCAAGUACCCCAGAUGCCUCAGAUGCCCCAGACGCAGCAAGGCGGAUAUGCGCCACAGCAACAUCAACCACAGCAGCAACAACAACAGCAACAGCAGUAUCAGCAACAAUACCAACCUCAGCGACCCGACAAGGCGUCCAUUUUGGCUUUGUAUAACUAUCCACAGCUUGCCCCUCAACCGCCCCAAGCGCAACAGCAGAACCCGGCUCAGGUUCAAGGCCAGCAGCCUUUCGCGCAAGCUGGACCAGCCAACGGGGCCUUUUCUCCGCAGGGACAGUCUCAACAGCAGCAGCAGCAGCCGCAACAACAACAGCAGCAGCAGCAGCAACAACAACAGGUACAGCAGCUACAGAACCAAGGAGCAGGAAGUCAAAUGGCGGGAAGCAAAAACCCAUUCAUGAGCGCAGGUGGAACGGCUCAGGGACAACAGCAAAACAUGGCGGCACCCAAGGCAUACAACGUCAGCAGGGAAAGCGUAAUGGCCUUGGGGAUGGAAUGGACAAAUGGGAGGCAUAGUCCAGAUGCCUUUGCUAAUCUGAGCGCGAGAAGCGGGCAUUGAGUGGACAUGUAUUUUCCGCUCCUCCAGUAAAGGGGAAGGCCGGCUCAGCUCAGUUGCUAUCAGGUGGGGCUAUAGUUCGCGUUUCUUGUGUGGUAAUUGAUUUAAGUACAUCUUGUUUUGGGAAUGAGCACAGCAUCUAUGAUUCAUCAU